GCUUGGAGUGUCUGGAGCCAGCGUCUGGGUGGGCGGAGAGGGUCAGCAUCUGGGCUGCGACCACUGCCCGGGGGCUCGAGGUGUACACGCGUGAAGGGAGAGAGGGAGAGGGGAAAAAAGGUGCCUCAGAGGUGACAUUCUCUCAGCCCGUGAGCCUUCUUCCCGGGGCGCCAUCAACGUCCCCAAUUUCCCAGCUGCUGCAGAAGAGGAAGAUCUUAGCAAAGCUAUGUCUCAAGAUGGUGCUUCCCAGUUCCAAGAAGUCAUUCGACAAGAACUUGAAUUAUCUGUGAAGAAGGAACUAGAAAAAAUACUCACCACAGCACCAUCACAUGAGGUUGAGCACACUAAAAAAGACCUGGAUGGAUUCAGAAAACUGUUUCAUAGAUUUUUGCAAGAAAAGGGCCCUUCUGUGGAUUGGGGGAAAAUUCAGAGACCUCCAGAAGAUUCGAUUCAACCUUAUGAAAAGAUAAAGGCCCGGGGCUUACCUGAUAAUAUAUCUUCUGUGUUAAACAAGCUGGUGGUGGUGAAACUCAAUGGUGGCUUGGGAACCAGCAUGGGCUGCAAAGGUCCCAAAAGUCUGAUUGGUGUGAGGAAUGAGAAUACCUUUUUGGAUCUGACAGUUCAGCAAAUUGAACAUUUGAACAAAACCUACAAUACAGAUGUUCCACUUGUUCUAAUGAAUUCUUUCAACACCGAUGAAGAUACAAAAAAAAUACUACAGAAGUACAACCACUGUCGUGUGAAAAUCUACACUUUUAAUCAAAGCAGGUACCCACGGAUUAAUAAAGAAUCUUUUUUGCCAGUAGCAAAGGAUGUAUCUUACUCAGGGGAAAACACAGAAGCUUGGUACCCACCAGGCCAUGGCGAUAUUUAUGCCAGUUUCUACAAUUCUGGUUUGCUUGAUACCUUUAUAGGAGAAGGCAAAGAAUAUAUUUUUGUGUCUAACAUAGACAAUCUGGGUGCCACAGUGGAUCUUUAUAUUCUUAAUCAUUUAAUGAACCCACCGAAUGGAAAACGCUGUGAAUUUGUCAUGGAAGUCACAAAUAAAACACGUGCAGAUGUGAAGGGUGGGACACUUACUCAGUAUGAAGGCAAACUGAGAUUGGUGGAAAUUGCUCAAGUGCCAAAAGCACAUGUUGAUGAAUUCAAGUCUGUGUCAAAAUUCAAAAUAUUUAACACAAACAACCUAUGGAUCUCUCUUGCAGCAGUUAAAAGACUGCAAGAACAAAAUGCUAUUGACAUGGAAAUCAUUGUGAAUCCAAAAACUUUGGAUGGAGGCCUAAAUGUCAUUCAGUUAGAAACUGCAGUAGGAGCAGCCAUUAAAAGUUUUGAGAAUUCUCUAGGUAUCAAUGUUCCUAGGAGCCGUUUUCUGCCUGUGAAAACAACAUCAGAUCUCUUGCUUGUGAUGUCAAACCUCUACAGCCUUAAAGCUGGUUCUUUGACAAUGAGUGAAAAGCGGGAAUUUCCUACAGUGCCCUUAGUUAAAUUAGGCAGUUCUUUUACAAAGGUUCAAGAUUAUCUGAGGAGAUUUGAAAGUAUACCAGAUAUGCUUGAAUUGGAUCACCUUACAGUUUCAGGAGAUGUGACAUUUGGCAAGAAUGUUUCUUUAAAGGGAACAGUUAUCAUCAUUGCCAAUCAUGGUGACAGAAUUGACAUCCCACCUGGAGCAGUAUUAGAGAACAAGAUUGUCUCUGGGAACCUUCGUAUCUUGGACCACUGAAAAGGAGAUUACUGUGUACAACUUACACUAAUUAUGGGCUACAUAGUUUCUCACAGUGAAAUGUUCUCUAGAAUUCUAAAGUAGGCAGGUACUUUACUAUGUUACUGUACCUUGCAGUGUUAAUUUUUAAAGUUUUCUGCAAUAUGCUUUUAGUCUAAGAAAAGCACGGAUGGAAGCAAUACUUUUCUCUUUGAAGAGGCUCCUGAAAGUCAGUUCAUCUUAAGUGCAAUAAUGUUUAAUCUAAAAACCGGGGCAGCUCUGUUGGAAGAUUUUUUAACAGAGGCCUCAAUGACGGUCACUUUGAAUUGCUUAUAAUUUCAAAAAUAAAGCUGUGAAGCAUUA